AUGGCUACUCCUAAGCUGCUUCUCGAUCUUAAUGGAACUGAAGACAUGGAAACUAUUCUGAAAUUGCGGCUCCUGCAUGUUUGGGUAUCUGACGACUUAGAAAAGCCAUGUUGCAGCCUCUGGACCGAUGCGAAGGGAACAUUGAUUCAAGCUAUCGCCCCAUCAUAUUUAGCUGCCCAUUUUGGCGUAGUCCUGCAACUGGUCUGUGUAUAUUUAGUUGCUAAAUUCCAUCUACAACGACCACAAACGAUGUGGCGUCCUUGCUCCCAAACAUUGAAUCUGGUUCUUUCUCAAGAAACCAUAUCUGAUAAUGUGACCAUGCUGUCGCCUGGUUUUUGUGCUAAUUCGUUCGAGUUUGCUGCCUACGAUUCCUUGUGUUCCUUACCUCAUUCAGCAAACCAACUAAUAGAUGUUGUUGGUAGAGUUGUCUUCGUAGCUGGUCUGUCAUGCUCAGUGACUUCUGUUCGUGCUAUUAUUAGGCGCAAGCUGGUCAUACAAAACGAGAGGCAUGUGCGCCUUAAUAUCACCAUCUGUGGUGAUGUUGCACGAUCUCUAGAUGGGGAAGAACUCGCAUACCUUGGCCGUUCUGGUUCUGUUGUCCUAGGUGUAUGUGGCCUUCAGAUUAAUGGUGUAACAACAGACGCCAUCUUUUUGACCAGCACCCCUGCCACACGAUUUGUGCUAGAACCGUCGUGUGAUUUGGCAAAUACUUUGCGCUCUGCCUCUCUUGGUGGAAAUGUUACGAUUCAAUACUAUCCUCCGUGGUUCUCAACCUCUUUUGAAGAACACCUAUUCCAGGCUGACAGUACAAAGAAAAUUCAGGAACUGAUCCACCUUUGCAACCCAUCAAUGGUUGAUGCAACACAUUACCAUUGCUUAGCACAGAUCCUCUCCGCUCAGUCUUCCCGACCAUGGUUUUAUCUAGGAUGCGCAUUCUGCUAA